CUUAAAGUCACUAAAAAACAAUAAAAAUGUGUAGUGAAUAAUUAACUAAAUUUUUGAAAAUAUUAAAAAGCUUAAAUUCGAAGAAAAGUUACAAUUUUUUUUGAUUCUACACUAAAAAAGUUUAAAAUUUAAGAAAAUUUAAAAUUUAAAAUCUUAGCAAAUAUCUGAAAAUAAAAUUCUUGACGAAAUUUUUGAAAAUUCGAAUUAAAUUUUGUAAAUAAGCCGAAAAGAUACAAAAGUAUCUAAAAGAUAAAAAAAGUAUCUUUUAGCUUAAAUUAAGUAGUUUUUUGAAAUUAAACCACUUUCAACGGAGUAAAAAUAUCAACAAAAUACAAACAAAAAUUAAACAAGUGCUAAAUUGUCGAUUGUUGUAUUUAUAUAGCGCAUGGAAAAAUUAUUUCGCAGAUAAAAAGAGUCGCACAUGGUGAAUAAAUUCCAAAUAAAGAGUUUCUUUGCGGUCGUUUGACGUGCGUGAAAUUUUUAAUUGAAUGAAAAAUAAAAUAGAAAACGUUUUCAAAAAAUAAAAUAAAAAGAAAACCAGUGAGUUUGGAUUGUGUGGUGUGUUUUUUGUGUGAUUAAGAUUUAGCGAUUUAUUUGUUUCUUUUCGCAAAUUUUGGUUUUAAAAAUAUAAAUUAAAUAAAUAUAAAAAAGAUGUUGAUGGACAACUUCUACACUUUCAAGCGGUUUUAAAGAACGAUACAAAGCAAGUGCUAAAAGGACCUUUUGUUCAAUUGAUAUCGAUGGCUUAUGGAAAUUUCAAUGGAAAACAGACUAAUUGCGUUUAUUCUGCCCAACAAAUUUAUCAAAGAGAACCGUCGCUAUUUUUUGUAAAAUGAGCAUCAACUGAAUUAGCCAAAAGAUACAACAUUAAUAAAUCAUGACAACAAGUUAAGGAUAAUGGACAUAAUUCAUUUAUAGUGGAAAAGGACAACGAACUAUGUAGAUCCGUAUAUAAUAAUUGUGAUGUUAAAGUCAGAAAAGAGAUAAGGACAAAGACAGAGGGAAAGAUAAGUGAUAAGAAAACAACAUUUUCCAUCCUGUGAACAAUCCUGCUGGCAGUGUGUUCUAACAACCCAACCCCCUCCUCCCCACGUUAUUCCUGUCACAAAUAGGUAUUACACGUAAUGAGGUCAUACCUACGACUUAAGGCAGCACUAUUCGAACUACAAGUGUAUCCUGUUCCUGUCAAUGUUCCAGUUUCAGCUUCAGUUCCAGCUCCAACUACGGCCUAUGUUGUGUUUCUUGUUUUGAAUUUAAUUUUGAAUGUUAAUUCAGAAGUCUUUACGUUGGGAUACCUUACGGGUUCACAAAGGCGACCAGGCAAUUUGGAUUAUCAAAGACCAGGAAUAACUAUUUCCGGAGCAAUAUCUCUCGCUGUUUCACAAGUUAAUUCUGGAAAAUUGAAAAACCUUGGUCACUCGAUUGCAUUUGUUGUUGCUGAAACUUAUGGUGAUGAAGUGUCUAGCAUCAGACAGACAGCUUCUCUAUGGACACGUCAAGUUGCUGGUUAUAUAGGCCCUCAGGAAACUUGUGUACAUGAAGGACGAAUGGCAGCUGCUUUUAAUCUUCCAAUGAUUUCAUAUUACUGCACACACAGGGAUACUUCGAAUAAAAAGGAUUUCCCCACAUUUGCCCGAACACGUCCGCCCGACACACAGAUUUCGAAAUCUGUUGUCUCACUACUUUUAGCUUUCAAUUGGACUCAAGUGACAUUCCUGUAUCUUGACAAUGUGAAGAGCUUGUAUAACCCUAUAGCGGAUACUAUACUGAAUAUUUUGCGUAAGGCUGGUGUAAAGGUUCGUGAUACCCUAACAUGGAAUACAAUCUAUCAUCAUGGCUUCAUGGCAAAUCCUUUUGAUGAGUUAGUGGAAAAGACUUAUUCAAACACACGAAUUUACUUAAUCCUAAGUCAUUUCCUAAGUCAUUAUUACGAGCACGUUGGGCUCAUGGUGAGUUUACAUAAGAAAGGACUCCUUUCCAAGGGCGAAUACUUUGUUGUGGGCAUUGACAUCGAACAAUAUGAUCCAUCGUCGCCGGACAAGUAUUUGCGUGGCUUAUUGUUGGAAACAAUUGAUUCGAAGGCUGAAGAGGCAUUCCAAUCGUAUCUGGGAAUAUUUCCUACAGCACCAACGUUAUUUCAAAAUUUUACCAAAGAAGUAAACAAAUAUAUGGAACAGCCACCGUUUAAUUUUCCAAAUCCAUUGGGAUACUUUGGAGGAUCCAAACAGAUAAGUGCUGAAGCUGCAUAUUUAUAUGAUGCUGUACAUUUAUAUGCGAAUGGCUUAAUAAAACUCAUCGAUUCUGGAAAUGAAGAACCAAAGAAUGGCACUGCAUUGAUAAGUGUCAUAAAAGGAACAAAGUACUUAAGUGCUAUGGGAUAUCACGUGUACAUCGAUGAGAAUGGAGAUGCAUCUGGUAAUUAUACAGUCCUGGCACGAGGAUGGGCUUUUAACAAGAGAAAUACCACAGGACAUGGCCUCAUUCCAGUUGGAACAUUUAAUAGCCCAAAGGGUGAUGCUUUGCCUGAUUUCAAGUUGUAUGGAAAAAUUCCGUGGAUUGGUUCAGGACCGCCGGCAGCUGAACCACAAUGCGGAUUCAAUGGAGAGAAAUGUAUAAGCUACACAGGUGAAAUAUCAGCGGGGAUUGCUGGUGGAGCUCUCCUCUUACUUAGCAUCGUAUCGCUGGUGCUUUAUCGUAAUUGGCGCUAUGAACAGGAACUCGAUAGUUUGCUCUGGAAAAUCGAUUUUCGAGAAGUGCAGAUUCAUGAGAACGAAAAAGAAACAUCUAGUCAAAAACAAACUCGGUCCACCCAUCCUUUGAUAAGGACGAGUCAAGUUAGUUUAAGCUCCAAUCCGGAUGCGGACUUCCGCUACACGACCAUAUUCACGCCCAUCGGAUUGUACAAGGGUCAAUUGUAUGCGAUUAAGAAAGUCCGCAAAAAGAGUGUUGACAUAACGCGGGAGAUGAAAAAGGAACUCAAGCUGCUGCGGGACACUCGCCAUGACAACAUUUGUGCUUUCAUUGGAGCCUGCACCGAUCCACCUAAUAUCUGCAUAAUUACAGAGUAUUGUACUCGGGGUAGUUUGAAAGAUAUUCUUGAGAACGAGGACGUCAAGCUGGACAACAUGUUUAUUGCAUCAAUGGUAGCUGACAUUAUCCGGGGUGUCAUUUAUUUACACGAAUCACCCAUUCGGUAUCAUGGCUCGCUGUGUACGUCGAACUGCCUCAUUGACUCACGCUGGGUAGUGAAAUUAAGUGAUUUCGGGUUAUUCGAUUUCAAGAAGGGUCUCGAAGACAACUCCACCGACCUUCAGAGUAUGACCGGCAAAUGUACAAAACUUCUCUAUCGUGCUCCAGAGCUGCUGCGAAGUGGACCGUGCUCUCUGGUGGCUGGCACCCAAAAGGGAGACUCCUAUUCUUUUGGGAUAGUUUUGUAUGAAAUUCACGUCCGUCAUGGUCCAUUUGGUGAAACAGGUCUCACCCCAAUGCAAUGUUUGCACAAAGUCCUGCAAGUUCAGGACUACCUCUACCCCUAUCGGCCCUCUCUGCAACCACUCGAAACCUCUUUCGAUUGUGUUCGAGAGUGUUUGCGGGAGUGCUGGAGUGAGCGACCAGAGGAGAGGCCCGAUUUCAAAGCAAUCCGCACCAAGUUGCGGCCGCUGCGGAAGGGCAUGAAGCCGAACAUCUUCGACAAUAUGAUGUCGAUGAUGGAAAAGUAUGCAAACAAUUUAGAGGCUUUGGUCGAUGAACGCACCGACCAACUACAGGAAGAGAAGAAAAAGACUGAAGCACUGUUGUUGGAGAUGCUGCCACGUCCGGUGGCGGAACAAUUGAAGAAAGGCAACAAAGUGGAUCCCGAGAGCUAUGAGCAUGUGUCGAUAUAUUUUAGUGAUAUUGUCGGCUUUACAACUAUGUCGGCGGAAAGCACACCUCUACAGGUCGUUGAUUUUCUGAAUGACUUGUAUACGUGUUUUGAUUCGAUUAUCGGGCAUUAUGACGUGUACAAGGUGGAGACUAUUGGAGAUGCUUAUAUGGUGGUUUCUGGCCUUCCCAUACGCAACGGUGACCUACAUGCAGCUGAAAUAGCCACAAUGUCCCUGCAUCUGCUCGAUGCAAUAGCUGAGUUCAAGAUACGCCACCGUCCAAGUAACAAAUUGCUUCUUCGAGUUGGAAUACACACCGGCCCGGUCUGUGCCGGAGUUGUGGGUUUAAAAAUGCCUCGAUACUGUUUAUUUGGUGACACAGUAAACACGGCAUCUCGAAUGGAAUCGACAGGAGUUCCUUUGAAAAUCCAUUGCAGUUCACAAUGUAAGCAGCUCCUGGACAAAUUGGGAGGCUAUCAUUAUCAGGAACGUGGCAUCAUUUCAAUGAAGGGAAAAGGUGAUCAACGAACAUAUUGGCUUUUGGGUGAGGAUGAAGAAGCUCGUAUUCGGCGUACCUAUGAACGUUCCCAGCGACGAGGCUCAAGAGCCUUAAAUAAAUUCAUUCAAGGGACUAUCAAACAGAAUCAUAUCAAUGACAUUGCUGCAGGAAUACGGAGCUCAUUAAAGAACAAAAAUAUUCCACGAAAUUCUUUGACACGUUCGUCGAGUUUGGAAUCACCAAAGAAAUUACGUUUCGCUACGGGGACGCUUUUGGAAAAUCAUCGGUAUCAUAGUGACGAAGCCCUCUUAGAGGUUAUUUCGGAUUCAUUCUCAAGCCCUCGUAAGUCGAGUGGUGUUUCUAUACCACCAAUGGGCUUUGAUGAUACAACUUUGUCCUGCCCGGCUAUAGAAGACUAUCACACAUUCAAUAGAAAUAGAAGGCCAAGCUCCUAUCCCACCGCCAACACACCAUUAUUGAUGAAUCACAUAGUUUGAAGAAAUAAAUUGGAGUAAUUAAUAGUUAAUUAUUUAUUUAAAAAAUAAUUAAAGACAAAUUAAUAUACAUAGAAAAAACCUCUUUCUUUUAUCAAAUAUGUUUUCUUAGACAAUUAUUCAUGACAAAGAAUCAAUGACAACAAUUCAAAUCAAUUAAAUGUAUUUUUAAGUGAUUAAACAUUAAAAGUAAACAAAAUUAAAGAUUUAUUCCUUCCAAUUUAUAUCCAGCCAGUUAAAAUGUUACUUUUUAAUAUUAAAAUACUGCCAAUGUGUUUUACUUAUUUUCUAUUAGUAAAAAGAAAAGUUAUAACUUGUAUUAACGUAAAAAUCGAAAACAAAGUGAUUGAAAACACUCUAGUCACUAUUUACAAAUCCUAUAAGAAUUUAUUAAUAAUAAAUAUACAUCUAAAUAAUAGUAAUAAAGUUCAUUAAAUAUUGUUAAAGUUCUAUUUAAAUUAAAAAAGUUUUAAGGUUAAAUAUUAUUUUUUAAGAUUAAUUAGCAAAAAGGAAUUUUGAGAACAAUAACACAAAAAAGAAAAGUACUGGGAAAGGCUCGUAAUAUAUAAUUAAAUGAAUAAUUUUAUAGAUAAAAUAUAUUUAAAAAAAUUAGCAAGUUAUAUUUCUAUAUAUUGUGUUCAAUGUUUUUUAAGUAUUUUUAAACCUAUCUAACUACAAGUAUAUAUACUUACCAAUUUUAAGGAAUUUUUUUGUACAACUUAUUUAAUUUGUAUUUUAGAAAAAUUAUUUUAGUUAAUAUAUUAGAUAAAUGUUG